GGCCACCGCUGAAAGUCCUCCCACCUCAGGCUAGCCGAGUAGUUUGCGUCCAGAGGAAACGUGAAGUCAACCACGCGAAAGUCAUGCACCCAGCAACUGCAAAGUGGUACGACAGGAGUGACUACGUCUUCAUUGAGUUUUGUGUGGAAGACAGCAAGGAUGUGAAAGUGAACUUUGAAAAGUCUAAAUUUGGUUUCAGUUGUCUUGCUGGCACUGAUGAUAUCAAACACUCAAAUGAAUUUGAUCUCUUUGAAGCCAUUGAUCAAAAUGAGUCCAAACAUAGACGUACAGAUCGGUCAGUGUUGUGCUGUUUACGGAAAGCAGAAUCAGGAAAAGCAUGGCCAAGACUAACUAAAGGGAAAGAAAAGCUCAACUGGUUAAGUGUUGAUUUUAACAACUGGAAAGACUGGGAAGAUGAUUCUGAUGAAGAGCUUUCCAACUUUGACCGCUUUUCAGAGAUGAUGAACAACAUGGGUGGAGAGGAUGAAUUACCAGAUUUAGAUGGUGCAGAUGAUGAGGAGUCUGCAGAUAGUGAUGACGAAAAAUUGCCGGAUCUAGAAUAAAACUGCUUGUGCAUUGAGGACAAAAAGCAAGAGUGAAACUAAAGUCAAAAAAGAACUGUCAUGUCAACUGUACAUGACCUCAAAGGAGAAGAGCUGAAUAAAAUCAAAUGAGUGGACAGUCGUAUUUAACAUCAUUCUAUCCACUUGGAGGUUAUUCUUCCAGUGCUGUCAGCCCAGCCUCCGCUGAAAAUUAAUAUGCAUAAUAUUUUAUAGAACUUCUGAUUUCCACCACCGGUGUGCAGCUCUAGCUUCUGUUAAUCUUGAACCUUUUAUGUAUUUACACUUCAUUCUGAAGAACUGCACUGCACAUGUUUUCAACAGAAAAGCAAUUAGAUGUUAUGAAAUGGUAAACAAAAAGUAAUGUAUUUAAAAGGUUACUUUUUUAUUCCCCUCAAAAAUACAAAAUAGCAUAGUUUGCAACCCUGUGAAUAAAAAUGAGAAUGAUUGAUAGAUUUAAGAACAUCUAGUACUAAUUAUUCCCAGCUAUUUAACCCACAAUGUUGGAGUGUCUUAGAUUACUGUAUUAAAUACAUACCACCCACUUCCUGUUACUUUUAUAGAGGAAAAUAGUUAAAUUUCCAUGUUCCAUAAAAUAAGGACUAGUGUUCAGUAUCUGCAUUGAGCUGAAGUUUCGACUAAGCGUCUACUUAUUACUGUGGAUCAUUCCUGCAAUAGGCAUAGUAGAAUCUGUAAUGACUGUUGGUGUUAAUGCAUCAUGUUUAUGUAGGAGAUCCAAGAUUGGAACCAAGAGAUGUUUUGUGACAAUUUGCACAUGCAAAUAGUCACUUUAUUAAAACAUAGCAUUUGUCCAAUGUUAGUCAAAUCAGUCCAUUUUGAGAAUUGCUGAUUGUCCUAGUUUUAUUUUAUAUUUUAAUGAUACUUUGAAAUUUGUUAUAUCUUUCUAAUGAAGUGCUUCAGGUUCACCUUUAAUUUUUACCAGUUAACCAGUUUAUAUGUUGCAAUAUGUGUCCAAGAAAUUGAGUUUUGUAAAGUUAUAACUAAUAAAGUCAUAAGUUCUUUUCA